UAGGUACCAAGCACAAAGGGCGGAAUUGACAAGUGACAGGUACUAUCCAGCAGUUGAUCAAUCCAAUCGCCACUGCAUCAUUUUUUGCUCAAUUGAAGAAACAAAUCAUUCGACCCGCUAUUGCUUAUUUUUGGGUUUGACAUCAGACCAUAGACCGUCGCAAUUAAUGGUUCAUUUCCCCCAAUAAACCCCCCAGAAAGCCAGCCCCUUUCACAAAAUUAAGUGUAGUCUUGUACGCUCCCUGCAUCGACCUAUAACCAGUCAUUGCAGCCAUGUCCAACGUACCACAACCGCCUAAACCGGCUGGUGCAGAACCCUCCGCAGCGGCCGAGGAGGACCACUACUUCAGCAGCAACCCGCCGCCGCGGGGUCUGUCGGAGCAUGUGGCGCUAGCCUCGGCUUUCAUCGAGCAGCACGCCGCCGCCAACCGCCGAGUGGUGCUGGUGACUUCUGGCGGGACGACAGUGCCCCUGGAGCGCCAGACGGUGCGCUUCAUUGACAAUUUCAGCGCCGGGACCCGCGGUGCCACCUCGGCCGAGUACUUCCUCGAGGCCGGCUACGCAGUAAUCUUCCUGCACCGUCAGUUCUCACUGCUGCCCUACUCGCGCCACUACAGCCACACACCGACCGACUGCUUCCUCGACUUCCUGCACGAGGAGAACGGCGCCGUCGUGGCGGAGCCGGGCCGCGCUGAGAAGAUGCUCGGCGUCCUGCGCAAGUACCGCGCCGCCAAGCAGGGCAACAUGCUGCUCAUGCUGCCCUUUGUCACCAUCACCGACUACCUGUACGAGCUCAGGGCCGUCGCGCAGCUGAUGCGCCCGCUCGGACCCAGGGGUCUGCUGUACCUCGCCGCGGCCGUGUCGGACUUCUUCGUCCCGCCGGAGCGCAUGGCCGAGCACAAGAUCCAGUCCACCACGGCCGUGGAGAGGAUGAAGCACAGCAGUAGCAGCACGGAGCGAAAGCCGCAGGCGCAGGCGGCGCCUCCGUUGGGCGCCCUCCCCAUCGUUCCCAUCCCUCCGGGCGAGCAGCCCCUCCAGCAGCCCACCACCCUCAGCGCCGAGGAGCUCAACACGGCCGUCGCCAAGGAGCAGGCCGCCGCCGACGACGAGACGUUUGACAACUUUGACUCGUCACCCGCCGUGCCGCGCUCCAAGCGCCUGAUUGUAGACCUGGAUCCGGUACCCAAGUUCCUCAAGAACCUGGUCGACGGCUGGGCGCCGCAGGGCAUGAUCGUCUCGUUCAAGCUCGAGACGGACCCGGCCAUCCUAGUACACAAGGCCCGCUACUCGCUCGACCGCUACCAGCAUCACCUCGUCAUCGGCAACCUCCUCUCCACCCGCAAGUGGGAGGUCGUCUUUGUCGCCCCCGGCGCCGCCGAUCGCUGGAUCCGCGUGCCCACCGGCAGGAGGAGGGGCUCCGUCAGCGGCAGAGAGGACAUGGUCGGCGCCGCCGAGGCCAAGAUGCGAGUGGCCGAAAUGCCCCUGGAUCCAGCUAGUCUGCCCGAGGGUGAACCCGAGAUGGAGAUAGAGAGUUUGAUCAUCCCUGCUGUUGAUGAGUUGCAUACCAGGCACAUUAAGAGCAUUGCUCCAUAGACGUUGGAUGAUAGCGAGAGAGAGAGAAGAAAAAAAAUUACUUGCAAAGUACACCGUGAAGGACAUCUAGAACUAGGUGUCCUGGGUGCUGGUACAUGUCUUGCUCUAUUUGACCGAGGAUAUAUCUGCUAUGAGCUUGAGGUAUAGAUAUGUAUAUAUCUAAUUCGUUAUAACUAAAGCCUGGUUCUACU